AAAACAAACAUACCGGAAAAGAUUCCUUAUAGGUGCGGAUGCAAAGAUGGCGGAAGAGGAGAGCCAAUUUGAAGAAUUUGAACAAAUAGACUUUUUAAGAGAUAGACAUGUACGAUUCUUCCAGAGAACACUUCAGGUGUUACCUGAGAGAUAUGCCUCGCUGGAAACAACCAGGUUAACGAUCAUAUUUUUUGCCCUGUCUGGUCUCGAUGUGCUGGAUGCUCUGGAUGUGAUUGAUAGGAACACCAUGAUUGAGUGGAUCUAUUCCCUACAGGUUCUACCCACAGAGGACCAAGUUAACCUUAGUCGUUGUGGGUUUCGAGGAUCGUCACAUAUUGGAAUUCCUUACAGCACUAAGGGGCCAGGUGUGCUCCAUCCAUAUGACAGUGGCCAUGUAGCCAUGACCUACACUGGGCUGUGCUCACUGCUAAUACUGGGAGACGACCUGAGCCGGGUUAACAAACAGGCCUGUCUGGCUGGUCUCAGAGCACUGCAGCUGGAGGACGGCAGUUUCUACGCAGUGCCAGAAGGAAGUGAAAAUGAUAUACGGUUUAUCUACUGUGCAGCCAGUAUCUGUUACAUGCUGGAUGACUGGUCAGGCAUGGAUAUCCAAAAGGCCAUUGAGUACAUAAGGGGAAGUUUGUCAUACGACAAUGGGUUUGGCCAGGGAGCUGGGCGAGAGUCACAUGGUGGCUGGACGUACUGCGCCAUAGCCUCUCUGUGUCUGAUGGGUCGGCUGGAGGAGGCGCUGAGUCAGCGGGAGCUGGACAGGAUCCGGCGCUGGUGUAUCAUGAGGCAGCAGAGCGGCUUCCAAGGGCGCCCCAACAAACCUGUAGACACAUGCUACUCCUUUUGGGUGGGAGCUACGCUCGAGCUGUUAGAUGUGUUCCAGUAUACGAACUUUGACAAGAACAGGAGCUUCAUCCUGUCCACGCAGGAUCGGUUGGUAGGGGGAUUCGCCAAGUGGCCGGACAGCCAUCCAGACCCUCUCCAUGCCUACUUAGGGCUGUGUGGUUUGUCUCUGAUCGGAGAGCCCAGUUUGAGGAAGGUCCACCCAGCUCUUAACAUCACCCAGAGAGCCUUUCAGCAUGUCCAGCAGCUGCAGCAGACAUGGAGGGACAGCACUGGCAGCUGUAGCAGACAGCAUUGAAAGCAGGAUGUUCCACAGCUCUGUCUCUGAACAGGUUCAGUAAUCAGGAACAUCUAACAGUAGUCAGUCAAAGGCGACUGGAAUUUUGCUCUGUGUCUUGAAGACGUUUGGCCACUCAUGUGAGAGGCCUCCUCAUUUCAGAAAUCGGGAAGGUAUUUAAGAGCCCAGUUACACGGUAGUAACUUUGGGGAGCUUAUUUUAAGUCCAUCAAGAGUGACUUUUCUGUUAAGCAAAAUACGCCACACUUCUUCUUUUUUUUUUUUUGCUGCCUUUUAAUAAUUAGACCGUUGUAAAUAACAAUGUGCAUUGUAGUUUGUGGGGUUAAAGUGAUGUGCCAGAAAGUCAAAUUUGAGUCACUGGAGACUCAAAUUUGAAAUUCCAGAUGCCUCAAUUUUGCUAACUUUUUCAUGAUGCAGUUGUGGAAGCUUCUUGCUCCUCAUCAUAGUCAACAACACAAUCUGCUGUAAACCUUCCUAGCCAAGGAUGAACUGACUCACCUCAAAUGAACAUAAGAAACAUCCUCAAAGUAAAUUGUAAGACCCUGUGGAGGGCUUGGGGAACAUCUAACUUUAGUGGGCUGAAUAUGUCCUAGUAUAUUAUGAAAAUAUAGCAAAUAAGUUCCUUAUUUAUGUUCACAAACCAGUAUAACAACCAGUGGUAAUUUUAGGGGUGAAAUAUGAAGACUGUUAAGACAAAAUUGGAUGUUUCAUUUAGACAGUAUUUUUUGCCUCUCUGCCCCUCUUAACACCUCCAUCCUCACGUUGCUCUUGAACCUCAUCAACACCUCCAGCUCUCCAGUCCCAAAGAUGAUACCAGCCUUGCAGGUAAACUCUCCCAUGUUUCUCACUUCAGGUCCCUGCAGGUUCAACGUACAGGCUUUUUUUCAGUGUUCAAGAGAGAUUUUAAUGAUAAUAGAACUGCUGGGGUGAAAUUCAUGGAAAAGGCAGCAUAGAGCCAGCAACCACCCCAGGGAACAAAUCUACGACUGGAGGAAAAAAUAAAAAACUGGUCGAAAGAAGAUAAAAAAAAAAAAAAUAUAUAUAUAUAUAUAGUUUUGCUACAGGCCUUAUUAUUUCAGAUCACAGAAAAUAUUAUUUAUUGUUCACAUCUUUCCUGAGGACAACAGAAAAAUAGAUUGGGCCUCUUAAGGGAAUUUGCUUAAAAAAAACAAGGUAGUAGCUGUCAAUUUUAGCAGCAGAUCCCAUCCCGACAUCCCCUGACUUCUAACCCUGAACUGAUCCGAGCUACCGUCCUUCACCAGCUUCCAUACUCCCUGCAAGGCACUCGCCAGGCUGAAAUCAAUAGGAGAAAGAUGAGACAGUGGCAUCAAACUUGGGGAAAUGUAUUAUUUUGAGCACCACUGGGAAUUAUUUUCAGAACAGAAAGGAUGCAGGGCAAAAACAAAUAAUGCACAUGAGCAGAGCCACAGAGAGUCAGGUUGCAGAAACAACAUCCAACACAUCACAUCUCUUUGAGCCACUUGCAGCUCACACAAGCAACCUUCCAGCCUUCAUGCUCCUGAGCUGAGCUACAAAUUAGGCAAUGAAAUUCAGAAUUGAGCUCAACCUGUUCCUUUUGCCUUCUCAUCACAUCUAUGAACUUGAUUCCCAGCAAGUGACAUUUCUGGCUUCACAGGUUCCUCCAGCCCCUGUGCUGAAGCCACACCCUUUCAUUAUAAGACCGCUGUUACAGCACAUGCCUGCUCCCUGAGAGUAGGCAAGUGAGGAGGAGACAAUAUCGCAGUAGUUCAGAAUUACAGUGGCCUGGCUGCAACACGUUUUGUGGGAGUCUACUGUGUGUAGCACCAUUUCUGACUGGAUAUGAAAAUAUAAUAUUGCCUAUGUGGUUGAUUUUCCACCAUCUAAAAUGAAGCUGUACUUGGCCUCGUCUCCGUUCCCGCCAAGUUGCCCUCUUUUUCAGACUUAGAAACAGAGCAGGCAGACAGAGGAAAGUAGAUAGGAGGAGAGGUGAAUAAAUAAAUCAUUUGAGCCAUCUAUUAUUAAAAGUGAACUGUCAGAGGCUGGAAUCACCUCUCUGAACCCUGACCGAACCCCCAGUGUUAUAUAGCCUUAUUUUGGUGCAAAAUCAAUUUCUUUUUAGCUUUAGGUUUUGUUACUGUUGUGCCUAAGACAAUAGGCUUUGCUAUGGUUACUCUUGGCGACUUAGGUCCUGUCAUCUUAAAAUCUAUCAUUUAAAAUUUUCACUGUAAUAUUCUGGUAUCAAUCUUUUUUGUAACUUCGUUAGUCCUGAAUCAAAAAUGCACUGAAAGAGAACAAUCAUGUCUAUCAUGCAUCUUCUCAAGUGACUUUUACUACGUUACCCUUCUUAGGCUGGGUUCUGUCCUUAGUGUACAUAGGCCAAGUCACAUGGCAAGACCACGCUCUCAAACUCUGAAAUGUGCCUCACGUAGCAUUGUUCUGGGUCACCGCUCUCUGAAUGCUCUCUUCUUCCUUUUUCUGACUUUGCUGCAUGUACAGCAUGCUUAAAUUGGGCUUAGCCUGGCUGUUAUUAUCAAGAAUGAUACUGACUAAUACUAGUGUUCUCUGGAGGGGGGUGCAGGAAAGGUGUAUCCUAAAUCCUACUUAACAUUCAGGAAUUGGAACACCUAAUCUGUUAACAUUUUUUCCUCCUCCCAUCUUUGUUGAGUUCAUUUAUCCAAUCAGACAUCAGCUGAGUGGUAAAGGUCGCUUUACGAGAAUCUGACUUUGUCCCUUCAUGUCUGAUCGAUAAUGUAUUUCUAGGAGGGGAGAAUUCAUUGAGACAGAACCCAUAAAUGCUAACUCGACUUUUAAAAAGGAUGAAAGAUUGGAUGGAUGGAUUUGCCACUUAGUGGAUCUCAGCAGUUGUUAUAUUGUGUCUCCGUUUUGCUACAUCAUGCUGCAGCCGAUGCUCUCAGUCCCAUAGCAUGUAAAGAGGGGGCCGAGGCUUUGCGCUUUUAAGAUGGCUGCAGCGUUUGGAUCAUCCUGAGAUGUGAAAGGAUUGUGAAAGUCUUUUGAGAUGCAGCCAAAAUGCCACACAUGGUCUACCAUGAACCCUUGCUUUAUCAUCAACUAAUAUACAUAAUGUAAUAAUAAAUAACAAUAAAUGUAAUGGAAUUUAUUUUUUCUAUGCUUUGUAGACAUAUUGAGUGUAGAUACAUCUGUAAAUGUCUUAAAAUAUGUGACUUCUAUUGUGCAGUUGCUCAAGAUGAAAAACAAUGUUUACAGCUACAUCAGUGAGACAGGAAUAGGAUAUGCAAAUGUUGAUAUGUGAUGUAUCAGUACUUCAGCUUUGAAUUUGAAGACAGUAAUGUUGAUUCUAGCUUGGCGGUGCAUACUGUAUUUAUGUUGAAUAAAAACACGUACUAACUUU